AUGGAGCACCUGGCUAAAAAUCAUACCGCACCUGAAAAAGAGAGUCAUCAUGUCAAUUGGGGAUGGCUAAAACACCGACAUAUGGAGCGACCCCUGGAUAGCAGAACUUCAAAAGCUCUCUCCAUCUCUGACCUUAUCGAGCAAUCUUUCAAGCCCGAAGAAGCCCAAAUGACUCUGGACAUUCCUCUCAAACCAGGUCAGCAAGAUACCAUGAUUUGGACUCCUCAGAAGCAAGGCAAAAUUCUCGGUCAAGUCGGCCUACGGCAAUCACAAUCUGAUAAUGUCGAAAGUAUGGAAAACCACCUGGGCACUCAAGAUAAAGAAGAAGAUACAAGUCUUCCUCUAGAAAUGUUGGUUUCGUUACUUAGGAACUCAAGAUCAAUUAAUCAAAAGAGGCUUAAGUGUCGACCCAAUCUGCAGCGACUACAUUGGGAAGGUAUGCAACAAUCUAAUUCUUCUUUUCGAAAUUGGUGGUCUGAUAUUUGCACAAUGAGGAAAGGUCAGACCUUUGCUGAUCAAAUCUCAAAAUAUUUGGAUAUCAACAACACAUGGAAAUCUGAAAUAGAUAUUGCUCAGGGUGCCUGGAAGGAAUGGACAGAAUUUGAAGAAGUUAAUCACCUGCGGGUUUAA